GGGAAUACAACUGGUGGGUCAUAAUUAAGGUAGCAAACUUCCUGGAGCUACUUGCCUGCAACAAAUACGGGGAGGGGGAACAAAAUUAUAUAAUGUAAGAAGUCUCAGAGUCGUCAUUUUAAAGUUAUGUCCGCGAGUCAAAUCGAUUCUCUUGAGUUUUAAAUGUUGAGGAAAUCAAUCACCUAAUGUCUGGAGCCACUCGUACCGGUGGGGAGCACCUCAGUCUACCACGGCGACGGGCUGGCAUACCAGGCCAGAAAGCGGCCUAGUGUCAUGUAUAGCUAGCUAACUUGCUGAAUGACUUUAGUCAACAAACAUCGUUGACGUACAUGAUAUGGCAAUUGAAAAUGUAUGUAUUCAAAUUGUUCGCUAACUAGUUAGCCAAUCGUCGAAUUUUUAGGUAACGUUAGUAAACUGUCUUAGCUAGUUAACUAGCUACAGUAGCUUGCUCAGUUAGCUACCAGCUGGCUGUGUAUGAUUGUACUGAGCUGGCUAUCUAGCCAGCUAACACAGUGUAUGAGCUCCAGUUUUUAAAGUUGAUUUAUUUCCGCGUUAGGUCCGCCAGUGUCUUGGCAAGUUACGUCAUGCAAUGUUUAUUUUUUUGCUGUUUCUUCGAGUGCGCGUGUUAUGCAUGUUUUAGCUAUUUAUUGAUUUGAUUUUAGAACAUAUUGGUGUUAAUGAGUUACGUUAGUUAGCUAGUUAGCAAUGUCUUCCGCCGAUAUGCUCGAAACUCCACCUGGAUAUCCCUUUGAAGAAAUAGAUUAUGUGGAUAUUGAAGUUGAGGAGGUUGUGGGGAGAGGUGCUUUUGGUGUUGUCUGCAAGGCCAAAUGGAAAGGCAAAGACGUCGCAAUCAAGACAAUCGAGAGUGAAUCUGAAAGGAAAGCAUUCAUAGUUGAGCUGCGGCAACUUUCACGUGUGAAUCACCCCAACAUUGUGAAGCUGUAUGGCUCAUGCAAUAAUCCAGUCUGCCUGGUGAUGGAAUAUGCUGAAGGGGGGUCCCUGUACAAUGUUCUGCAUGGUGCUGAACCUCUCCCAUGUUACACUGCCUCCCAUGCCAUGAGCUGGUGUUUUCAGUGUUCCCAAGGGGUCGCCUAUCUCCAUGGCAUGAAACCAAAGGCUCUCAUUCACAGGGACCUCAAACCACCCAACCUGCUCCUUGUUGCCGGUGGCACCGUGCUGAAGAUAUGUGACUUUGGGACUGCGUGCGACAUUCAAACCCACAUGACCAACAACAAGGGAAGUGCAGCUUGGAUGGCACCUGAGGUGUUUGAAGGCAGCAAUUACAGUGAGAAGUGUGAUGUGUUCAGCUGGGGAAUCAUUCUCUGGGAGGUGAUCACGCGUCGGAAGCCCUUUGACGAGAUCGGUGGGCCGGCCUUCCGCAUCAUGUGGGCGGUGCACAACGGCACCCGGCCACCGCUCAUCAAGAGCCUUCCCAAGCCCAUCAAGAGCCUGAUGACCCACUGCUGGUCCAAAGACCCCUCCCAGAGGCCCUCCAUGGAGGAGAUAGUCAAGAUCAUGACCCAUCUUAUGAGGUGCUUCCCAGGAUCUGAUGAACCCUUGCAAUACCCUUACCACUAUUCAGAUGAAGGACAGAGUAACUCGGCCUCCAGCACAGGUUCCUAUGUGGAUUGCACUAGCAGCAAGAGUGACACAAACAUGGAGCAUGUGGACUCUCAGGGGAGCAACGACACAAUCAAGAUCAAACCUCAGUUUGCACAUCAGUUCAGGCCAAAGGGAGACUCAUUGCGGAGCCUGCCUCUGUCCAGAGGGGGCAGUGUUGAGAGCCUGUCGGGGCGAACCCACAGUCUGGUGGCCUCCGAGAGCAAAAGAAUGAGCGCAGACCUGUCAGAGCUGGAGCACAGGGUGCCUUUCGCUCCUGCAGCACGUCCCCAGUAUAAACGAGGCCACCGUAAAACGGCGUCAUUUGGCACCAUUCUGGACGUUCCCAAGAUCGUCUUCACAGCCUCCUGUGAGGCGCAGAGGCGUAGAUCUGUACAGGACCUCCCGGGGAUCGGCACAGAGUCCAGCCAGGGGAGUAGGAACAGCAGCAGGUCCUCCAGUCCCAGUGUGAGGAUGGUGCCGCCUGAUAAGACCAGCAGCCGAGGGUACAGCUUCUCUCCCGAUGACCCCCCAGAUACCAACGGCUCAGACAACUCCAUUCCCAUGGCAUAUCUCACUCUGGACCACCAGCUGCAGCCCCUCGCUCCUUGCCCAAACUCCAAAGAGUCCAUGGCCGUGUUUGAGCAGCACUGUAAAAUGGCCCAGGACUACCUCAAAGUGCAGACAGAAAUCGCCUUACUGAUCCAGAGAAGGAAAGAGUUGAUCGCUGAACUGGACCGAGACGAGAAGGACCAGCAGAACACGUCCCGCCUGGUCCAGGAGCACAAGAAGCUACUGGAGGAGAACAAGUCUCUGUCCACCUACUACCAGAAGUGCAAAAAGCAGCUGGAACUGAUCCGUUCUCAGCAACAGAAGAGACAGGGCACCUCGUGAUGGGCUACAAGCUGGCCGCCACCUGGCUCGUUCUGCAGAGACACACACAAACAAACUGUCCCCAUGUCAUAUCCCAUGUUCUCCUCCCCUGCCUCUGCUCUUUCCUGGGUCACCUGUAGUCUAGUCUGAAACCCAGACCCUACCUGCAAAAUAAUUGACACGAUCUCUCUCCUCCUCCUCCCUCUGCCCCAUGACAACUAUGAUCUCAACCUAGGUGCCCACGCCUUCACCCCCUGUAGGUUCCAGUGAGUGGAUCUCGUUUUACCUUGUACUGUAAAGAGACCUGUGUUUUACUGUGUACCUGCAUGUUGCGUUAUUGACACACCCUGCUGAUAACAUGGAACGGAAUAUUAGAUGUGCACUCAAUCAAGCUGUUAUGGAAUAUCUCUUGCACAUCUUUACAGUAUAUUCUUUGAUAGCAGGCCAAAACAAUCAGCAUGCAUCUGCUGUCUCUGCCCAUAAAGAGCUGGAGUCCUAAAUUGCCUGCUCUAGGUUUAGUGAACACACGGGACCGAGCGAUGGGCUUCUAGGCCUCGAUUGUCAGCCAUCCUUUUCGUCAGGAUGCGAUGCUUCUUGAGGUGUGUGAGCGUAGUACAGUAACUGCUGCUGCUUCUUGAAGUAUGUGAGUACAGUAACUGCUGAGCCUGAUUGGACAGGGAGGCCAGUGAGGGGUGUGAAAUAUGUUUGUCUCUAUUGCUCUCAGGGCCCCUCGGACCCUCCCCUGGGCUGCCUGGUCAGUGUGUGUCCACCCCUCCCACAGUCCAGUCCUCCCAUUGGUUAGUUUUACCCUGACCUGUCCUCCUAACUGGCCAAUGGCCAUGAGUCCUUGAGAAUGUGAAAAACAAAGACGGCCUAGACAAAAAGUGUGAAUUAUGUGCAGAAGUUUUUUUUUUUAAUGAAUUAUGACCAGAAUCUAUUUGACUAAUCUUUGAUCUCUAAGUGUUGUUUUGUUACCCUUUAAUGCAAAAAGAGCCACUUUUUUCUUUUUUUUGGUGAGCACAACCCCUUACAAAAGAAAUCCACCACAACCUAUCUGAAAGUAUUUAAUGUAUGUUCUAUUUAUUUUACCGGGGGAUGUAGUUUAGAUAUGCCUUGCACAUCCAUGAUGUCUUUGAUAAAAAAGGAUGGACUUGGCUUGUCACAAGUACCUGGAUAGAAACAUGGGUCGGGCCUCAAACAGAGAUUAAAUAUAGUCUGCUUUCAACAACCACAAAAAACACAAGCAAAGACGACAAACUUAUUUUCUCAACCUGUUUAAUUGAAAUAAACUAUGUACGAGGUUCAAAGUGCAACAUGUUUAUCAUGACUUAAUUUUGUUUCCUUUUGUUUUUUUCCUAUCCAUUUUGGUGUUAGAGAUUAUACUUUUAUCUGGUAUGGGAAUGCAGAGAUGUACAAGAGGCCUAUCCCUCGCCUAUAUGUUUUUAGUUCACAUGUUGCCUUAGAAUUUGAUUGCUAGAUUUUAAAGUAUUUGACUUGUUUUUCGUUCCUUUAUUGCGGGGUUCACUUGCGCCUCAUUUGAAUGUAAUGGACAGUCAGUCAGUGAGAAUGGUAUGACUUUUGUUUUGAGGGAGAAUUGUAUAUUAUGCCAAUGGUUUACCAGGAGGCUGAUUGUCUGGUCAAAUGAUUGAUGUCAAUAGGCUGCAAAAGAAAUCAUGAUAUCUGUCACUGCUUUUCCCAAUUAAUAGAAUGAAUCCCAGUAGCUUUAAGUAUCCGUGCAAGAAGAAAGUUGAUUUAGAGAUCUAAACUUACAAUGAGAAUUGAUCUUACUUUGAAAUGUUGUCUUGAAGUUUCAUUUGACCAGACCUGCUGUUGCUGCUACAGUCCUUCAAAUGUUUUGCACAAUCCUCUGGUUUUACUGGUUUACAUGUAACUAACCGUUUGGGUCUUGUACUUCAAAGUAUAUAUUAUGAUGGUUUACAAGGGUGGUGACAGUUGAAAUUGUGUAAGGGUUCAUUAGCUGCAGUUAUAUCCCUAGUUUUUCCCUUAUAUAUAUUCACUAUCAUUUUAUUAACCAUUACUGUAUAUAAAAUGUUUAAGAACUAUUGGGAACAGGUACAGUGCCAUCGUAAAGUAUUCAGACCCCUUGACAUUUUCACAUUUUGUUAGGUUACAGUCUUAUUCUAAAAUUAAUUAAAUAUCUACACACAAUAAACACAGGAUUUUAGACAUUUUUGCAAAUGUAUUAAAAAAUAAACUGAAAUCACAUUUUACAUAAGUAUUCAGACCCUUUACUCAGUACUGUGCUGAAGCAACUUUGGCAGCGUUUACAGCCUUGAGUCUUGGGUAUGACGCUACAAGCUUGGCACACCUGUAUUUGGACUUUCUCCAAUUCUUAUUUGUAGAUCUUCUCAAGCUCUUGUCAGGUUGGAUGGGGAGCAUUGCUGCACAGCUAUUUUCAGUUCUCUCCAGAGAUAUUAGAUUGGGUUCAAGUCCGGGCUCUGGCUAGGCCACUCAAGGACAUUCAGAGACUUGUCCCGAAGCCACUCCUGCAUUGCCAUGGAUGUGUGCUUAGGGUUUUUGUCCUGUUAGACUGGGGAGAAGGUUCACCUUCCGAGGUCUUGAGCGCUCUGUAGCAGGUUUUCAUCCAGGAUCGCUCAGUACUUUGCUCCAUUCAUCUUUGCCUUGGUUCCUGACUAGUCUCCCAGUACCUGCCGCUGAAAAACAUCCCCACAGCAUGAUGCUGCCACCACCAUGCUUCACCGUAGUGAUGGUGUCAGGUUUCCUCUAGAAGUGACACUUGGCAUUCAGGCCAAAGAGUUCAAUCUUGGUUUCAUCAAGCCAGAGAAUCUUCUUUCUCAUGGUCUGAGAGGUCUUUAGGUGCCUUUUGGCAAACUCCAAGCGGUCUGUCGUGUCAAUUCCUUCGACCUCAUGGCUUGGUUUUUUUCUCUGACAUACACUGUCAACUGUGGGACCUUUUAUAUAGACAAGUGUGUGUGCCUUUCCAAAUCAUGUCCAAUCAAUUGAAGUUACUACAGGUUGAAGGACAUCUCAAGGAUGAUCAAUGGAAACAGGAUGCACCUGAGCUCGAUUUCGAGUCUCUUGGCAAAGGGUCUGAAUACUUAUGUAAAAAAGGUUGUUUUUUUUUUUAAACCUGUUUUCACUUUCAUUAUGGAGUAUUUGCUGAGGCUAUAAUGUAACAAAAUGUAGAAAAUGUCUAGGGGUAUGAAUACUUUCUGAAGGCACUGUAUGUGCCUGGGAGGGAGGCAUCAUGAAAUAAACUUUAACAUUGAGAAAUUGUA